AGUACAGAAUACAAACUAAGAAAGCUUAUUAGUUAUCUUGCCAACAAAUUAUUUUUGUCUUAUAUAAAUUAAUCUUCCCUAUUUCAGACUUUAAUUCUUAAAUAAUGUAUGCCUCAAUUGUGUUUUCAAUGCUGGCGUUUGCCACUGCGAGUGAUUCCGGAUGCACAAACAUCGGUGGUAUUUGUCAGGAUUAUACAACGAACGUUUGUACUGCUGGAUAUGAGACUGGCAUGUGUGAUGGCGGCGCGAAUAGGCGAUGCUGUAAACCAUGUAGUGCUACAUGCCAAAGCAACGAAGCGUCUUAUGCGCAAAAUGAUGGAGCGUGCCAAAGCAGCGGAGGAACUUGCAUGCACAAUUCAAACUUUUGUGGAGGGUCAUAUCAAACAGGGAAAUGCGAUGGCGCGAGUGCGCGGCAAUGCUGUAUUGGAGCGACCGCAUUGGACUAUACUUGUACUAGCUUAGGCGGAACAUGUCAGGAUUACACAAAAAACGUAUGUAUUUCCGGGUAUGAGCUCGGAAAAUGUGGAGGAGAUUCAAAUAGACGAUGUUGUACUUCUUGUAACUCUGUAUGUCAAAACAACGAGCUAACACACGCACAGAGUGAUGGAGCAUGUACGGGUGGCGGUGGAACCUGUAUGCAUAUGACGAAUUACUGUGGCGAAUCUUUUGUUACCGGGAAAUGUGGUGGGCCCAUCGAGAGGCGAUGUUGUUAUGGUUCAAGUCCAGAAUCGACCAUGUGCUAUGGAAAAAUUAUUGAAGUUGAAACAACAGGUGCAUCCUUUGCCACAGCUGCACAAGACAAACUAUCUUCUUCGGGAAUUCCAGCGUCCAAUGCAUUGGCCGCGAAUGACAAAUCGGAGUUGGAGAAGUAUAAAUCCAAGAUCUUGAUUGCGGCAAAGCAAUACUGCGUGGAGGCAGCAGUUAUUGCAGCAAUAAUGAGCAGAGAGACACGUGCUGGGAAAGUACUCAAGUCCGAUGGAUUUGGAUUCGAUGGCCACGGAUUUGGACUCAUGCAAGUUGAUGAUCGAUUCCACACACUACGCGGAGGAGCGUUUUCUCAAGAACAUAUCAAUCAAGGAACAGGAAUUCUCGUUACAAUGAUACAGAGAAUCAAGAAGAAACAUCCAUCCUGGAAUAAACAAUGGGUUUACAAAGGAGGAAUAAGCGCUUACAACGCUGGAGAAGGGAACGUUCGCACGUAUGAGGAAAUGGAUGUCGGAACUACUGGAAAUGAUUAUGCAAACGAUGUUGUCGCCAGAGCUCAGUGGUUGAAACAAAAUGGUUUCUAGACUGAGUUACGUUUUUCAUUCACUGCACCUUUCUUAGUUUCAUUUUUCACUUGAGAUGCAAUAUUAUUUGCAAUUUUCAUAACUUU